GAGAGAGGACAGGUUGUGUAUUCUCUCUCAAUACCUUAUAUAAUGUUUAAUAUAUUUAAUAUAUUACAAUGUUUAAUUUUUUCGUGGUAGACAUAUUCUGACAUUGGUCGAGCCGCACGAGCAUCUCAGACAAUUCCUCACACUUCAGGCUCGAAGAGUUAAGCGAGGCUCAGAGCUGAAUUCAUGGAAGACCAUGGGAGGAAACCUGGUGAGGUGGAGUUCUAUAAGAUGACUCACACCCACCGAGAUGGCAGCUUUGUCCGAGAGGAGUCGAGAGAUAUAGUUGACAGAGCUACAUCCCUUAUUUCAGAGCGUAUCGGAGAGUCAUCUUCAAUCGGCAACACCAGAGGUGUCGAAGCUCAGGUGUUUACCGAGUUGAUGGGCUCGGAGCGUUAUGGUAGAGUGAGGGGUUAUGGCGUUGGAGUUACCCCCACUCAGUUGUCUGCAGUGGGUAGAUAUACUCAAGAUGCUAGACAGAGUAGUAGCACUGCAGAGGUUAAUGAUCUGAAGGCAGAGAUAAAAGAGUUGAAGCAGAGCCACCAGACAGAGAUGCAAUCUUUGAGGGCUCAGAUUAAUCAGAUUACAUCUUUGUUGCAUCAGUUUGUCCCUCCUCAGGUUCCUGAUGGUUCAUCUGCACGUAGAGAUGGUGAUGCUAGCGACCCCUGAAGCAUUUAUUUUAGAGUUUAUAUGUAUUUUUUUAUGCUUUUUGAAGUACAUUGUAAACGUAAAUUGAUAGUAUGAAUGUAAUUUGACAAUAUGAAUGUUUAGAUAAAUAUGUUUGAUUUUGUGUAUA